UUCUAAUGCUAUUUUGACAAGCCUGUUGCCUCAGGAUAUUUACCCAAAGCAACCUCAUGUGUCCUUUCAAUUUCAAACUGGAUAAAAGCUGCUGCGUUUUAGUCACAUCAAACCAUACAGCUGAUCUCAAACAGCGGAGAGAGUCAGAGAGAACCAUGUGCAGCCCAAUGACAAAACCAAUUUGUUUGGUGACAAAUGUGAACAGUUCACUAUGUGUAAACACCAGUGCCUUGGAGUACCUGUCCAAUAAUGACACCCCAGUGGUGGUGGUGUCUGUGGUGGGACUCUAUCGCACAGGAAAGUCUUACCUUAUGAACCGCCUGGCAGGCAAACAAACAGGAUUUGCCCUGGGCAGCACCAUUGAGUCGAAGACUAAAGGCAUUUGGAUGUGGUGUGUGCCACAUCCUUAUAAUGCUAAACAAACUCUUGUGUUGCUGGACACUGAGGGACUGGGGGACAUUGACAAGGGAGACUCUAAAAACGAUGCCUGGAUCUUCUGUCUAGCUGUUCUUCUGAGCAGCACUCUGGUCUACAAUAGCCGUGGAACCAUCGACAACACAGCAGUGGAAAAACUACACUAUGUCACAGAGCUUUCAGAGCAGAUUAAGAUCAAAUCACCUCCAUCCAGAGCAGCUGAGGAGGAGGAAGUAGAAGACUCUCAUUUUGUGCAGUUUUUUCCUAACUUUAUUUGGACAGUUCGUGAUUUUUCAUUGGAGCUAGAGCUUGAGAAAAGGGGUCGAGUGACUGAGGAUGAGUACCUGGAAUUUGCCCUGCAGCUGAAGAAAGGACUUAGUAUGAAGAACACCAACUACAAUCUUCCAAGGCAGUGCAUUCGAAACUAUUUUCCAACCAGGAAGUGCUUUGUUUUUCCAUUUCCGGCCCCCGAGGACAAAAUGGUUCGUUUAGAGACUCUGGAUGAGGGUGAAAUUUCCCCUAAAUUUCUUAAUGUCACAAAGCAAUUCUGUGACCAUGUAUUUGCAGCAAGCAAAGUUAAAACACUUAAAGGAGGAUACAGAGUCACAGGGAGAAUCUUUGGUCACCUUGUGCAGUCAUAUGUGGAGACAAUUUCUAGUGGCAAAGUCCCUUGUCUGGAGAACGCUGUGGUUGUAAUGGCACAGAUUGAAAAUCAGACAGCUUUGCAGGAGGGUCUUAAGGUCUAUCAGAGUGGAAUGGAACAGGUGAAGAGUUUGUUCCCAGUCAAAGUGAGUGAAUUAUCUGCUGAACAUCAGAAGAUGAGCAACAUGGCCAGCACUGAGUUUAUGAAGCGUUCGUUCAAAGAUGAAGGCCAGGAAUACUUCAAGAAACUGGUGGAGGAAGUAGAUAAGCACUAUGCUGAGCUAAUUGCUCAGAACAUGGAGGCAUCAGAUAAGAAGUGCCAGCAGAUUCUGUCUGAUCUAUAUGAGAAGAUGAAUGAGCGUGUGCAGCGAGGGGAAUAUGCAAAGCCUGGAGGAUAUAGUCUCUAUUGCACACACAGAGAGGAUGUCAUUACUCAGUACAACAGCCAGCCCAAUAAGGGAAUCCAGGCCGAUUUGGUGUUGGAGAGGUUUUUAAGUGAGAAAAGUGUGGAGGCAAAAUUAAUUCUCCAGACUGAUGAACAACUGACUGAGAGUGAGAAAAAGGUUCAGGAGGAGAAAGAGCAGGCAGCACUGUUGGAGCAGCAGUGUAAAGCAGAACGGAACAGAAAUCUGGAGAUCACACAGCUGAUGCAGGAGGAAAAAGAGCACCAUAAGCAAAGGAUGCAACAGCUGGAGAAGAAGUUUGAGGAGGAGAAGCUUCAUCAGCAGCAGGAGCUGGAAAGAGCACUGGAGAGAAAACUAGCUGAACAAAAAGAACUUCUAAAGAAAGGGUUUAAUGAGAAUGCCAAGAUGCUAGAGAUGGAAAUUGAGCAACUUAAAAAAGAAAAGAAUAAAGAGUCUGGAAAUAUUUUUAAGGAUUUCUUUAUGCCUAUCUUAGGCACUGUGUUGUCCAAAGUCCUUAAAUUAUGAAAACAACUAAUUCGUGUAAUUAUUUCUAAUUUAUAGUGAAGCUUUAGUAACUAUAAAAACACAGCAAAUAUCAGUUAAAGAAUAUGAAAAAUUAUAUAAAUCAGGUAAGAAAAAAUAACUUUUAAUGCUUUGUGAUAUGCAAGUAUUUAGUCCACAUUUUAAUUUUGUAAUCAAUUCUAAAAAUCUUCAUGAUUAAGUGUUUUACAGUGCAGUUAGAAAAAAGAAAUGAUGAUGCUAUAAGCAACUGUUAAAUAUGUAUUUUUAUGUGAGUAGUUCCUUAUGUAAAAUGGCACUUUGAGGCUAUUUUAUCUCCAAAUAUAACAUAGCGCUGUAACAAUGAUUUUAGUUUACUAACUUCCACUUGUGAAGUUAGUGAAAUGCAGUAUAACUAUAAUAUAUUGUAAUUUUUUAUAAUUUCUAUACCAUAACUGAAAAUCCUUUGACAUGUGCUUUUAUUGCAUUUAUUGCUUUUAUUAUUAACUUUAGGGGUUGUGGUUGACAAUUCACAUCUGGCUGUUUCAUUAUGUCUCUAUGACAACACUUUUUAACAGUUUGUUCAAUUUGUUACUUAUAGACUUAAAACCCUGGUAAAGUCAAAAUAAAAAAGAUGGA